UAAUGAUCCAUGGAGUCUGUUAAGGAAUGUCUGGUUCAAGCUUGAAGUUUGAAGUUGAUGCAAGCGGGCGACCCUAUGCUACAAUGGCGCACGACGAAGCCACCAAGAACCACCCGGGCGGCAUAAAUGAUAUAAACUCCUCAGAGAAAAAAGCUCGAAUGUAUGAAACUGACUACCCAAACGACGGCUAUAAAGCUCUGCGCUUAUAUUUGUCAAAGACCAAUCCAAAUUGCGAAUCCCUCUUCCAGUAUCCGAAGAGAAAUUGGUCCCCAACAGACGACAUGUGGUAUGAAAACAGGCCCGUUGGCGUCAAUAAGCUGAACGGAAUAAUGAAAGAGAUCAGUAAAGAGGCCAAAUUAUCCCGCCUAUACACUAACCAUUCAGUCCGAGCCACAUCAAUCACAGUGAUGUCAAAUGCAGGCAUUCCUAAUCGCCAUAUAAUGGCCAUAUCUGGGCAUCGAAACGAGCAGAGUUUGGCACACUACAAUACGAGGCCUUCGACCGAACAACUGCACCACUGUUCUGAAACUCUGUGCUGUCCCAAAGUCUCACUUCCUCAAGCCAAGCGAUUGUCCCGGCUACUGUUCAUCUAA